UGCCCAGAGGGUAAACGCGCAAGAAAUGUCCUCUCUCCUCUGCCGUAAAUGGGUUGCCUAGUAACGGCUCAAACAAUCCUGCUGUCAAGAGGAGCACUUGAACAAGGGUGGCCUCAGUUGUUUUCUGUUUUUCCAUCGCACUUUUGAAAUGGAAAGCGAGUUAGACGAGGAGACUCUACAAGAGCUAUACGCUUGGAUUGAUAAAAUACCUCUCUCCAGACCAAAGAGGAAUAUCACCCGAGACUUCAGCGACGGAGUGAUGGCUGCAGAGGUCGUAAAGCAUUUUUUCCCCAAACUGGUGGAGCUGCACAACUAUACGCCAGCCAACUCCACGCAACAGAAGCUGGCUAACUGGAGCACGCUCAACAGGAAGGUGCUCUGUAAGCUGAAUUUCCACGUGCCCGAUGACGUGGUGAAGAAGAUCGUGAUGAACGCUGCAGGUGUCAUCGAGGCGGUCCUCGUCACACUCCGAGACAAGAUCGAGAGCAAGAGAAUUAGCAAAGCAUCAAACAACAUACAGCACAUGGAAUACUACAGCGUCUCCUAUGACAGCAAGGAGCCAAAAGAGAGUGGUGAUAAGGGCCUGGAGCCUGUCCCAGUGAAGGCCACAGAGAGUAAAGGAGUCGCCCGCACCACCAAAGACAGGCCUGAGGUGGGGGUUCUGCUGGGUGCUGAUGUGGACCCGUCCAUCCGCCUGCUGCUGGAGGAGAAGGAACAGUCUCUGUUGGCCAUGAAGGAAACAGUGGAGAUUUUGCAGAUCAAGGUGAGUCGUCUGGAGCAUCUGCUGCAGCUGAAGGACCUACGCAUAGAGGACCUGAGCAGACACCUACAGCGGUACAAGAACCGCACAAGCUCCUGAACACACACACACACACACACACACACACACACACACACACACACACACACACACACACACACACACACACACACACACACACACACACACACACACACCUCAGCAGACACCUACAGAGAUACAAGAACCGCACAAGCUCCUGAACACACACACACACACACACACACACACACACACACACACACACACACACACACACAGACACCUCAGCAGACACCUACAGAGAUACAAGAACCGCACAAGCUCCUGAACACACACACACACACACACACACACACACACACACACACACACACACACACACACACACACACACACACACACACACACACAUCUGAGCAGACACCUACAGAGAUACAAGAACCGCACAAGCUCCUGAACACACACACACAAACACACACAGACACACACAGACACCUCAGCAGACACCUACAGAGAUACAAGAACCGCACAAGCUCCUGAACACACACACACACACACACACACACACACACACACACACACACACACACACACACACACACACACACACACACACACACAGACACCUCAGCAGACACCUACAGCGGUACAAGAACUGCACAAGCUCCUGAACACACACACACACACACACACACACGCACACACACACACCUGCACUGCUACACACAAUCAUCAUGAGAAUUUGUGAGAAUUCUCAUAUACAGUGCCCAAUCAAUAUGUACCCAAUCACUGUAAAACAUGGACUCUUGACCACGCCCCUUUCAGUAUCGGAAAUGUCUUGGUAAAAGUCCGGCCUGAAUAAAGUUGUAAACUCCGGCCGCAAUAAUCAUAGAAGCCUUUUGUUUUGUAAACACUUUUUUAAAUAU